CCCCCCCCCCCCCUCCCCCUGGCCUCCUCGUGUGCUCGUUGUGUCCUUUCUCCCUUGCACGCACCCUUAACCUCUGCCCACCCCCUUCCUUGCACUUGCUCGCCAUGUCUGCUCGCGGUAGUGCUGUCCGGUGGCUCGCGGUGGCCACCGGCGCCUGUGUCGCCCUGGCCGCUGUCCUCCCUGCGGCCGGCUCCGCCUCCCGCUCCGACUCUUCCCCGGCCUCGGACUCCCACCCGUACUCCGGGUCCUACCCGUACUCCGACUCCAACUCCUACCCGUACUCCGACUCCAACUCCGACUCCAACUCCGACUCCAACUCCGACUCCAACUCCUACCCCAGCUCCUACCCCGGCUCCUACCCCGGCUCCUAUCCCAGCUCCUAUCCCGGCUCCUACCCCAGCUCCUACCCCGGCUCCUACCCCGGCUCCUAUCCCAGCUCCUAUCCCGGCUCCUACCCCAGCUCCUACCCCGGCUCCUACUCAUAUUCCAGCUCCUACCCAUUCCCGGACGAUGGGAGCCACUACUGGGAGCCGCCGGCCAUCCCGGUCAGCGACUACGCCGGCAACCUCGGCGACUUCCCCUUCUGCUCGAUCGCCGACACUCCCGGCUGCAUGGAGUGCCAUCCCAAUUGCGCGGCCUGCGACCGGAACCAGCCGCGCCAGUGCACCGCCUGCCCGGCCGGGCUGCUCCUCCGCCAGGACGGCACCUGCCAGCGCUUCUGCGAGGCCUCCGCCUAUGUCGACCCCACCGAUGCCCGGUGCGCCCCCUGCCACGAGAGCUGCCUGACUUGCUCCGGCCCGGCCGAGCACCAGUGCUCUUCCUGCACGCUGGACCGCCUCUGGACCACCAGCGGCCGGUGCCAGCCCGGGCCCCUCUGCCAGGAUGACCUCGGCACCCAGACCGGCCCCUACAAGGGGCUGUGCUACGAUUGCCGCCAUGCCUCGUGCGGAAGCUGCGCCGGCCACGGGUCGCACUCCUGCCGCGACUGCCUGACCAGCGACUGGCUCCUGGCCGCCGGCGAGUGCAUCCCCCACCGGUGCCCGAAGGACUGGCUACAUGAGCAGGGCCAGUGCUUCCCCGCCAGCCGCGGCUGCUCUCGGCCGGACCCCCUCCGGUUCGGGCGCUGUGUCUCCUGCCUCCCGGGCCACUACUUGCACUCGGAGGAUGGGACCUGCCGCGCCUGCCCGGCCGGCUGCACCGAGUGCCGCGAGCCCGGCCAGUGCACCGCCUGCAUCGCCGGGCUGUCCCUGCACCAGGGGGCCUGCAUGCCCGUCUGCCCGGGCUGGAAAUUCCCCAACCCGGACACCGGGGCCUGCGAGGCCUGCCACCCCUCGUGCUCCACGUGCGCCGGCCCCGGCGCCGACCGCUGCACCAGCUGUCGCUCCACGGGCUUCAUGCAUGCCGACCCGGCGAGCGAGCACCAAACCGGCACGUGCCAACCGUGCGAGUACAUCACCAACUCCUGUGCCGAAUGCAUCGGCCAGAACACCUGCAGCGCCUGCUUCAAGCCCCUGGCCCUGGUCCAUGGGAAUUGCCACUUCGAGUGCCCCUCCCGCACCUACCCCACGCACGUGGACGACGAGUCCAGCCUCUCCGAGGGCAGCACCUCCUACUCGGCGGACACCUGCCGCCCCUGCCACCACACAUGCAGCUCGUGCCAGGGCCCCGGCCCGGCCGACUGCACCUACUGCAUCCGCGGCUACACCAUGACCGAUCGCAAUGACCGCACCUGGACCGGCCGCUGCGAGCCCGACUGCCCGGCUGGCGCCUUCCUCGCCAUGCGCAGCCAACAGUGCGAUCGCUGCAAGGACUUCUGCCACUACUGCCCCAGCUGGGAGUGCGGCGCCUGCGAGGACAUCUGCGUCGCCGACGGCUGCCACGCAUCGUGCGCCACCUGCGUCGGCCCGGAAGCCAACGCCCGUGUUACCUGCCCCCCGGGCAGCUACCUGGCCCCGAACAGCACCUGUGUGGCCGUCUGCCCGAGUGGCUAUUACCCGGUUGACCCGCGCGAUGCCUCUGGCAGCAGUACUGGCUCCGGGAGCAGUAUUGGCUCCAGCAGCAGUAUUGGCUCCAGCAGCAGUAUUGGCUCCGGCAGCAGUAUUGGCUCCAGCAGCCACACCAGCUCGGCCCCCAGCAGCCACACCGGCUCGGCCCCCAGCAGCCACACCGGCUCGGCCCCCAGCAGCCACACCGAUUCAGGCGCCCCAGGUAGCCACACCGACUCAGGCGCCCCAGGUAGCCACACCGAUUCAAGCGCCCCACGUAGCCAUGGCUUCAUGGAGGCAGCGGCCGAGCCCGCCGGCGGCACGUGCCAUUCCUGCGGCUGGCAGUGCGCCUCCUGCAACGCCGACCGCUGCCUCGCCUGCGAAUCCAGCGCCCUCAGGCUGCUAAUCUACGGCCACCAUUGCGUCAGCCAGUGUCCCCCUUACACCCUGGAGACGGUGCCCGGCGAGUGCGUCCCCUCGCCGGGGAUCCUUUGCCCGAGGUACACCUUCCAGGACAAGUGCCCCAGCUGCCCGGCCGGGCUGCUGGCCCUGCCGGACCGCGCCGGCUGCGUGACCUCCUGCCCGGCCGGGACCUACCGGCCGCUGGAUGCCCACGAGUGCCGGGCCUGCCCGGGCGCGUGCGCCACCUGCGUGCAGUACCGGCCCACCCCGGCGGCGGCGGCCGCGCGGCUGGACUGCCUGUCCUGCGCCGACCCGGCCCGGGCGCAGGUCGACCCGAGCACCGGCGCCUGCGUGGCCGCCUGCCCGGAUGGCACCUACCCCACGGCCGAGGGCCGCUGCGAGCGGUGCAUGGCCGACUGCCUGACCUGCCGCGAGGGGCGCCGGUGCACCCGGUGCCAGCCGCACCUGUGGCGCCUGGGGGACCUUUGCCUCGAGCGCCGGCCCACCAACUCCUAUGUGGUGCUGGACAAUGUGCUGGAGCGCUGCCGCGACCCGGCCUGCCAGCAAUGCGACCAGGCCAACCGCUGCACCACCUGCCAGCCCUCGCACCGGCUUGUCCGUGAGACUGGCCAGUGUGUGUUCGCCCUCUGCCCGGCCGGCACGGUGGAGCUGGGCCUCGAGUGUGCCGCCUGCCCGGCCGGCUGCGAGCGCUGCUCCUCGGCCGGGGCCACGUGCGACCUGUGCGCCCGCGGCCACUACAUGCACCAGGGCAGCUGCCUGGCUGCUUGUCCGCCGGGCCUGGUCCCGGCCCCGGCCGAUGCCCGGCUCAUGGAUGAUGGCCUGGCUGGCCGGUGCGUCGAGGCGGAUGGCUCGUCCCCUGGCAACGGGGCUCCCGGCGCCGGGGCCAGCAGCAGCACCGGCACCCGCCCGGGCAAGACCGCCGCCUGGGUGAUUGCGGUCAGUGUCGUCGGCGCCGUGCUGGGUCUGGCUCUCAUCGUUGUGGGCGGCGCCUUCGUGGCCAAGGCCGUUGGCGGUGGCGCCGGCGGCAGCCCCGGCGACAAGCAGGAUUUCUACAUGAGCAUCAUCGAUUGA